UCACCAAAAAUAAAAAUGUUAAAAAAGCCUCUCGCGCUGCGCUUCCACGGUUUUCCCUCCACGCUGUCAAGGGAGCGAAGGCUGCACCGCGACCCGACGGACUUUUCGCCCGCGUGGAGCAGCGCAGAGAGUCAUGUCUGCGCGCGGAGCGGCCGCGUGAGAGCCGGAGAGCGCGCGGAGCGGAUGCCGCUCCGGCCAUGACUCGUCCCGGGAAGCGCAGCCUGCGAGCGGCGCUCAUCGUGCUGUCCGUCGCGCAGCUGACUGCAGGUCUGAGGUGCGUGUGCCAGCUUUGCGCCAACCACACCUGCGAGACGGCCGCGGACGGAGCCUGCUGGAACUCGGUGAUGCUGGUCGACGGGAAGGAGGAGACGGACAAGUCGUGCAUGUCGCCCUCCGAGAUGAAGGGCCAGGUCUUCUGUUACAGCUCCCGAAACGUCUCCAAGAGGAACUGCUGCUUCACUGACUUCUGCAACAAUGAGACUCUACACCUACACGCAGAGAGGCCUUUGGAGGAGCCCGGCUGGAGCAGGCUGCAGCUCACCGUGGUGAUCCUGGUGCCCUCCUGCCUUCUGUGUGUGGGGAUCCUGCUGAGUGUGUUCGUUGUACAGAGCCACCGGUGUGUUUACGGCGGCGCCCACAAGCAGGACCCAGAGGAGCCUCUGGAAGACCAGAUGCUGAUGUCGGCCGACAAAUGUCUCAAAGAUCUGAUCUAUGACAUGAGCACCUCGGGCUCUGGAUCAGGUCUGCCGUUGCUGGUCCAGCGGACGAUAGCCCGGACCAUCGUCCUGCAGGAGACCAUCGGGAAGGGUCGGUUUGGGGAGGUGUGGCGGGGAAAGUGGCGAGGAGAGGACGUGGCGGUGAAGAUCUUCUCCUCCAGAGACGAGAGGUCGUGGUUUCGCGAAGCAGAGAUCUAUCAGACGAUCAUGCUCAGACACGAGAACAUCUUGGGCUUCAUUGCCGCGGACAACAAAGAUAACGGCUCGUGGACCCAGCUGUGGUUGGUGUCAGAGUACCAUGAGCACGGCUCCCUGUAUGAUUACCUGAACAGGUUCACAGUCUCUCUGGAAGGCAUGAGCGUCCUCGCUCUGUCCAUAGCAAGCGGACUGGCACAUCUCCACAUGGAACUCAUUGGAACUCAGGGCAAACCCGCCAUAGCCCACAGAGAUCUGAAGUCUAAAAAUGUCCUGGUGAAGAAGAACGGCACCGCUGUCAUCGCAGAUUUGGGUUUGGCUGUGAAACAUGACUCCAGCACCAACUCCAUCGAAAUACCGUCCAACCACAGAGUGGGAACCAAGAGGUACAUGGCCCCAGAAAUCCUUGAUGAGACGAUCAAUAUCAACUGCUUUGAGUCAUUCAAGAGGGCGGAUAUCUACUCGCUGGGCCUGGUGUUCUGGGAAAUGGCCCGAAGGUGCUCUGUUAGAGGACUUCAUGAAGAAUUCCAGCUGCCUUACUAUGACCUGGUCCCUUCUGACCCAACCAUUGAGGACAUGAGGAAGGUGGUGUGUGAGCCCAAACUCAGACCCAACGUUCCCAACCAGUGGCAGAGCUGUGAGGCUCUGCGCGUGAUGGGCAAACUGAUGAGGGAGUGCUGGUAUGCCAACCCCGCCGCUCGGCUCACCGCCCUGAGGGUGAAGAAAACGGUGUCUCAGCUGUCUUUCAUCAAGGAUGUCAAAGAUUAGUAGGAUUUGUGAGGGAGAGCAGAGCCUCACGGGCCGAGGCCGCCCUCUCCAGGGGGCACUCUUCAGCCUCACAGAGCAGCUUCAGGUGGUUGUUGGUGCCAAAGUAACGUAGGAGCCGUCCGUGGCUGCUUUGCACACGCACACACACACACGCCUUGUGAAAAAAUGAACCGAGCUGCUGCACUUUUGGUAGGAAGAGUCCUAUGAAUGUAUGUGUGUGUGUGUGUGUGUAGUAUAAUGUAUACAGAGAUUAUUUUGCUACCUCAGAGAUUUAAGUGCCAAGAGCUUGAAGUUGCACAUUGUGAUGUUUUCGUGCCAUAUCUUAUAUCAAACAAAGUAUUGCUGUGAGUAGUUAGUGUGCAAACUGACAAUCAAACAGAUAGCGGAAAAGAAACGAACACAUAUAUAUAUAUAUAUAUAUAUAUAUAUAUAUAUAUAUAUAUAUUAUAGUGCUUUUGAAUAAUUAUUACUCCUAAUGUUCCAAUGGUUCAGGUCCAAGUUCCUUAACAAGUAUUAAAUGGACAACGAUGAGAUUUGUUAAAACAAAUUCUGGUCCCCAAAGGACGACUAAUAAUAACCUGCUGUGUGGAAACACAACAGAGGGAACUUAUUAAAGACCUGACCGUUCCUCUGGCGCCGCCCUCAGGCCAAACUUCUAUAUGUAGACCGGCUGGUGGUGGAGUUGAAUGAAGUUGUCUCAUGGGCUCAUUAGAGUGCUUGUGUACUUGUGUUAUUGUCCUUUGCACAAAGAGAAGCAGAGCUUUAAGCUCCUGCUUCCACGUUUCCACGUUUGAAGCUUUCAGUUGCUGAAUAGAGCUGCUCAUUCAUGAUUGUUAAAAAAAGGUUAUGUUCUAUAUUUGUCAAAUACUCCCCAUGGAAAGAUUUAGUUUGAAUCGUUACAUUUUUAUGAUUUUAAUUAAUAAACAUGCUAACAUUGGCACAUUGGUAUUUUUAACUGGGACAUCAAAGACCACAUUUAGUAUGUUAUAAAAAACACCCAGUUUUACAAUUCCCAAUUCUGCUAUAGCAGGUUUCUUAAUGUACCGCACAAUAGCAAAGAUCAAGAUAUGAUCAGCUCUUGAUAAGGAUCCUGAUGAAGCUAUUAGCGAAAUCAUUAAAAAAAAUGAAAUUGCCAAAUUCUCAUUAAAACCGUUUAAGCCGUUUCACCUGCAGGGCUCAGUCUGGCCGACGGGUGCACGUUUAAUCACGCUCUGUUAAGUAUUGUCACAACAGGCUUCGGAAAAAAAUGACUUAUGGGUGAAUUUGUAUUCCAUGCGUGCUCAUCUUCACCCUCUCGUGUGAUGUUGUGCCUGUGUGUGCAUUGCAUGUCACACGGAGUGACCGCGUGUUUAAAGAGGGGGAUCUGAUCUAUUAUUGUAGAGUUUGUGAAACUGGUACUGUGGUGGAAAAAAACUGUUUCACAUUCAUCAUGCGUUUCAUUUCAUCCUCGGCCGACGGCCAUGAUUUUCGUUGCGAGUUACUUCCAUGUAGCUGCUGUGUGUUGUUUCUGUUAUAACUACUAGUCGAUAAUAUAAGCAGCUGUCGCGCUCUUAACAAAUACUAGUUAUUGUAAACCUUUGUGGUUUUGCUUUUCGUGAAAUCAUUAGUUGACUUCAAUCAUGGGAUCAUUCAACUGUGUGUUGCAGAAUACAGAUAUGAAACGUUGAAAAUAUGGUAUUAAAGAGUCCGUUUCUGCCUAGGUCCAUUGAAAGUACUUAUAUAUAACAUUCGAAUGUAGGAUGUAUUCUGAGCCUAACUUUUAUUUUGUCUAUCGUGUCAUAUCUGGUUCUCGGAAUCAGACAGGUGUCACAACCGGCCGCUAAGCAUGUAAAAGAUUUAUCAAUCAUUCCAAAGAGGAGUGACCACAAUGUGCAAUUCUUUUAUUUUUUGUGUCUUUUUUAUAUAUUGAGUAUGAAUUUGCUAAAUGCUGGAAUCAAAUGUCAAAGCACUAUCAUAAAGGAAAAGGAGCUCUUUGGUUUUGAAACAAUCGUGUUAUGUUGAUCAAUGCAGCUCUGUGUUGUAGCUCAGAUGUCUAUUACUUGCAUAUUUAUUUUGUAUAGAAAUGAGUUAUAUCAUUAAGUCAAUAAACGAUUUAUCAUGGA